CGGGCUGCGCCCUCCGUGCGCUGUCGCCGCGCGCCGCGGCCCAGCCCUGAGAAGUCUGCUGCCCCUCCCUUGGAGAUGAGGACACUGAGGCCCAGAGACGGGGAGCGCCUGGCUUAGGACACUCAGCCUGGAAGGGCAGAGCAGGGACUCCGCAGUGAGACUGCCGACUCCACGCCUGGUGUUUGUGCCCAGAGCCCAGCUGCUUCCCAGGCCCUCUGGGGCGGCCCUGCCUUCCACCAGCCAGGACCAUGGGUAGCAACAAGAGCAAGCCGAAGGACGCCAGCCAGCGGCGCCGCAGCCUGGAGCCGGCCGAGAGCACCCACGCGGCGGGCGGCGCCUUCCCGGCCUCGCAGACGCCCAGCAAGCCGGCCUCCGCCGACGGCCUCCGCGGCCCGGGCGCCGCCUUCGCCCCCGCGGCCGCCGAGCCCAAGCUCUUCGGGGGCUUCAACUCGUCGGACACCGUCACCUCCCCGCAGAGGGCGGGGCCCCUGGCCGGUGGGGUGACCACCUUUGUGGCCCUCUAUGACUAUGAGUCACGGACAGAGACCGACCUGUCCUUCAAGAAAGGGGAGCGGCUCCAGAUUGUCAACAACACAGAGGGAGACUGGUGGCUGGCCCACUCGCUCAGCACGGGACAAACCGGCUACAUCCCCAGCAACUACGUGGCGCCUUCCGACUCCAUCCAGGCUGAGGAAUGGUAUUUUGGCAAGAUCACCAGGCGGGAGUCGGAGCGGCUGCUGCUCAACACAGAGAACCCAAGAGGGACCUUCCUGGUGCGAGAGAGCGAGACCACGAAAGGUGCCUACUGCCUCUCCGUGUCCGACUUUGACAACGCCAAGGGCCUCAACGUGAAGCACUACAAGAUCCGCAAGCUGGACAGCGGGGGCUUCUACAUCACCUCCCGCACCCAGUUCAACAGCCUGCAGCAGCUGGUGGCCUACUACUCCAAACAUGCAGACGGCCUGUGCCACCGCCUCACCACGGUGUGCCCCACGUCCAAGCCGCAGACCCAGGGCCUGGCCAAGGACGCCUGGGAGAUCCCCCGGGAGUCGCUGCGGCUGGAGGUCAAGCUGGGCCAGGGCUGCUUCGGGGAGGUGUGGAUGGGAACCUGGAACGGCACCACCAGGGUGGCCAUCAAGACCCUGAAGCCGGGCACCAUGUCCCCAGAGGCCUUCCUGCAGGAGGCCCAGGUCAUGAAGAAGCUGCGGCACGAGAAGCUGGUGCAGCUGUACGCCGUGGUGUCGGAGGAGCCCAUCUACAUCGUCACGGAGUACAUGAGCAAGGGGAGUUUGCUGGACUUCCUCAAGGGGGAGACGGGCAAGUACCUGCGCCUGCCACAGCUGGUGGACAUGGCUGCUCAGAUCGCCUCGGGCAUGGCCUACGUGGAGCGGAUGAACUACGUGCACCGGGACCUCCGCGCCGCUAACAUCCUGGUUGGGGAGAACCUGGUGUGCAAGGUGGCCGACUUCGGGCUGGCCCGGCUCAUCGAGGACAACGAGUACACGGCCCGGCAAGGGGCCAAAUUCCCCAUCAAGUGGACGGCUCCAGAAGCCGCCCUCUACGGCCGGUUCACCAUCAAGUCAGACGUGUGGUCCUUUGGAAUCUUGCUGACGGAGCUCACGACAAAGGGACGAGUGCCCUACCCUGGGAUGGUGAAUCGGGAGGUGCUGGAUCAAGUGGAGCGGGGCUACCGGAUGCCCUGCCCGCCCGAGUGUCCCGAGUCCCUGCACGACCUCAUGUGCCAGUGCUGGCGGAAGGAGCCCGAGGAGCGGCCCACCUUUGAGUACCUGCAGGCCUUCCUGGAGGACUACUUCACGUCCACGGAGCCCCAGUACCAGCCCGGGGAGAACCUAUAGGAGCAGGCGGGCCGG